AUCAUUUUCUGCUAUUCUUUCUGUAUUUGAGGGAAGAGUCAGCCCUGACACUUUCUUCCAAUCUGGGAAAAAUAUAAUUUGGGGGUUAAAAAAAUGUUUUAUAAUUGAGAACAUUGCUUUUGUUAAGGCUUUGAUCUGAAAAGGCUAUAGUGUACUUCCUGUCAAAAAUUAUGGCACAUAGUUUUUGUUUUACUGCUGGUUACUCAAAGCCUAGUUAAAUUUUGGGAGGAGUUGUUUAAUGGUGUCACCCUGAGGUAUCUGGACGCAAACAGGUCUUUAUCUCUCAUGAACACCCGCUCCCAGCAUGCAUUACACCUCUAGAAUUGGCGGUGAUCCUCUCUUACUCAUCUGGCAUAAAUUGCGCUGAACUGAACUAGUGAGCUGAUCUUCCGCCUCAGUGUGUUUUUUUGUUUUUGUUCUGUUUGUUACAAGACUCAAAAUAUGAAUUAUACAUGGAUAAAGCUGGAUAAUGGAAAGAUGAUUUUAGUGAAAGGUUUAUGGCUUAUGGUUUAUGAUACAAAGAUGAGACUGUUUUUACCAUCACACUGGCUACUGAAAUUAAAAGCUUACAUGCUGGUAGUUUACAUGCAAAACUACAUUGACGUCAACCACCAGGUGGCAGUGCAAACUAACCCAACACACCUUUGUACAGUAGCUUCAGCAGAUCACAUCUAUUCUUAGUUGGCUGAGAACACAUUUUUGCCACAAUUUGUUCAAUGUUCCAUCAGCUAUGAAAAUCAGAUGACAUCCACACACGUAUGUGUGCAUGUUGCUUCCAAUCUGACUUCCUCAACAGUAUCUUUAUUAGAAUUUUCUCUCUUUUUUUCUCCUUAUGAAAAAAAGCCUCAUAAAUAGUCCACAUUGAUUAGCAAAAUAAUAUGAUUGAAGCAUUAAAAGCUCUUAAUUAAAAGCAUUUAGCUCUUGUUUUUAUAGUUAAGAUUAAAAUGAACAAGUAAAAUAUAUCAAAGUGAAAAUUGCACCACAGAGGGGCAGAAGCUGUGAAGGAAAGAGUGCACACGGAUGGAGCAUCACUACAAAGUGGAGUGCAGAGCACAAUAAUCGUUUUAUCUUCAUUAAUAAUAAAUUGAUCAUUUAAAUUCACUCUCGUUCAGCUGUUUUCCUGCUCUGUACCUUGCAUAGCGUAAUUUAUUGUCCUUAAAGUGCAAGAGAGUCAAAUGUGCCCUAGUAGAAUAAGAAGGGGCAAGUUGUCCGUGGGAAGGAAAGGGCAGAAGCAUGCAACAUUCCCGCUUCAUAAAUUCUUCAUAACAUAAUGGUGCACAAUUAAUAUUGAUGUACUCUUACCAUCUAUCACGUUAGUGCUUUUGAGAGCUCAGUUUCUGAGCUAAAAAACAACAGAAAAAACCCCUGCAACUGUGCGUCUCUCAGAUGCACUCAAACUUCACAUUUGAAAGCAUUUUUUUAAGCUGCACACAUUGUUUUACAUAAGAUGUAAAGGAAAGGGUACAGGGCGUGUGUGUGUGUGUGUGUGUGUGUGUGUGUGUGUGUGUGUGUGUGUGUGUGAUGCGUACCCAGAUGCAAUAGCGAAAGUCAAAGAGAGAUGAACUGGGUGGAAGUGGUAUGGGGGGGUGUUACGUAAUCACAGAGCGAUAGUGCCAGAGAGGGAUAAAGAUGUUCCAAACAAACAUAACCCCCAUGCACUCAGCUGGAGUGAUGCAUGGCUCCGUUAUAUGUGCGUGUUCGCUUGUGCUUUUGAACAAAUGUAGAAGAGCGGCAGGGGAAACAGAAUGUUUGCGUCAGUGUUUUGGGUGUGUCUACUGUGUGAGUGCAUGGGAGUGGGCCGUCUCAGGGUCUGCGGUUCCAGGCUGUCACUGUCUCAAGAGACUGGGUCUGCCAGUGCUCUGCACCUCUUCUUCUUCUCCUCCCCUUUGUAGUCUGUCUCUCCUCCCUCUCCUGGGUCCAGCUCAACACCUGCUCCUUGCAGUAGGCCUAGGGCUGGGCAGGGGUUCCUAAGCAACUGGAAGCAAUGCAAGUUGUUCAUAUGGUUUUUGUUUGCCUGCCUUGCUCGUCUUCCUCUGUUUUGUCUUCAGUAGCUACACAAAACUUACAUCCUGCCUGUGCACAACCCAGAUUCCUGUUAAUGUGUUAUGUCAAAGUAAAUGUUUAACAAAUGCCAGUCGGUGUGCUGUUAUGGUGUCCUCGCCUUGCCUUGCGAUCAAAGUCUAAAGAAAAAAAAAGCACACAGACGCACACAGACUGUUACUGGCGUGGAGAGAUACUUUCUUCACUUUCAUCAUUCGCCCCAACGGUAAGAGCUUCAGACUUUACGGCAACCCGGUAUUAUUUUAGUUGGAAUCACAGGAUAUCCUUUUUUUACCGUGGCUACCAUGACAACAGAGGCAACUGCUGUGACUGAGGCAGACACUGAGGGCAAGCAGAAGACCAGUGGCGCUGAGCCCGAACCCGAGCCAGAGAACAAGCAGAAGACAGAGGCGGCGACAUCUGACCCAGAGGGGGAGCAGUCGAGCAAAAAGGCCCAGGAACAGGUCACUGAGCCUGGGCCUGCCGAAGCAGCGACCUCCCCUGAGGAGGAGCAGCUAAAGCCUCGUACCAGGACCUCUGCUGGCAAAGGCCUUUCUCGUCUCUUCUCUUCAUUCCUCAAACGCCGAUCGCAGUGCUCAGAGGAAGAGGUGUUUGAGGCGGAAAAAGCCAAAGACGAAAAGGCAGACAAAGAGGAAAAAGUAGAUAAGAAAGAAGAGGAGACGGUGGAAGAAGGGAAAAAUCAAGACGAGGAGGCCAAAGCAGAGGAGGAAAAACCAGAGGUGAAAGAAGUGAAAAAGAAAGACGACAAAGCAGAACCUAAAGAAGAGAAAAAGAAGGUGGAAGAAAAAGUAGAGAAGAAAGGUAGCAAAAAGAAAAAGAAAGAGGCCAAGAAAAAAGCAGAAGAAAAGGAUGAAGAGAAAGUGAAAAAGGAGGAGACAAAAAAGGAGGAGACAAAAAAGACAGAGACAAAAAAGGAGGAGGAAAAGUUGAUGAAAAAAGAGGAGCAAAACGAGGAAGGGACGACACAGCAGACUGUAGAAAAGGAGGAAAAGAAAGUGGAGAAAAAGGAAGAGGAAAAGAAGGAAACUGCUGAGGUCAAAGGCAAGGGGGCAGACGCUGGAAAGAAGGAGGAAGAAAAGGUUGACAAGAAGGUGGCAAAGAAAAAAGAAAAAGAGGAGAAGUUAAAGAAGAGAGAGGAGGAGAAAGCAAAAAGGAAAGCAGAGGAAGAAGAGAGGGUAAAAAAGAGGGAAGAGGAAAAAGCAAAGAAGAAAGAAGAAGAAAAAGCCAGAGAAGCCGAGAGAGCAAAGAAGAAAGAGGAGGAAAAAGCUAAGAAGAAGGAAGAGGAGAAAACAAAAGAGGAAAAAGCAAAAAAGAAAGAAGAGGAAAAACCAAAAGAGGAGUUGAAGACAAAAGAAGACGAAAAGGUGAAAGAAGAAGCAAAGAAGAAAGAGAAAGAAGGGGAGGAAGCAAAGCCGGAAGAAAAGGAGGAGAAGGAAGAGAACAAAGAGAAGAAAAAAGAUAAGGGAAAGAGCAAAGGAAAGAAGGAAGAGAAGGAAGUGAAGGAAGUGAAAGGGCCAAGUGAGGAGCAGGUGAAAGCACCGAUUGCUGCUCCUGAGCCCGAGCUUAAAACUGAGCCAGACAUUGAACAGGCUGCUGAUCAGCACUCUAUAAGCAGCACAGAGGCGCAGCCAGCCCAAGAGGAACACAAGGAAGAGGCUGUGAUAAAAGAGCCUGAAGCAGUGGAAGAAGUGAAACAGGAGGACACGGAGAAAAUAGUGGAAGAACCAGCAGAAAAGGAAGAGCCAGUCAAAGAAAAGGAAAAGGAAAAAGAGCAGGCAAAGAAAGAGAAGCCUGCAAAAGAAAAGACAGAAAAGAAGACUGAAGAGGUUAAAGGCUCCAAACGUCAGAAGACCAUGCAGUGCAAAGUCACCCUGCUGGACGACGCUCAGUUUGAGUGUGAACUUGAUAAACAUGCUAAAGGCCAAGAACUUCUUACAAAGGUGUGUGACCAUGUUAACCUCCUGGAGAAAGACUACUUUGGCCUGGCUCACUGGGAAACCCCAACCAGCAAGACAUGGUUGGAACCCACCAAAGAGAUACGGAAACAGGUUGCAGGUGCUGUCUAUGAGUUUACAUUCAACGUCAAGUUCUACCCUCCUGAUCCAGCUCAGCUUACUGAAGACCUAACCAGGUACUUUCUGUGUCUCCAGCUGAGGAAGGACAUUAUGCGUGGUGUUCUUCCCUGUUCCUUUGUCACACUGUCCCUGCUGGGCUCCUACACAGCCCAGUCAGAACUCGGAGAGUAUGACCCCGAGCUCCAUGGUACAGACUACGUUAAAGAUUUGAACCUGGCCCCUGGACAGAGCAAAGAGCUGGAGGAAAAAGUGAUGGAUCUGCACCGCACAUACAGAUCAAUGAGUCCAGCCCAGGCAGACAUGCUGUUUCUGGAAAAUGCCAAGAAGCUCGCCAUGUAUGGAGUUGACUUGCACCAAGCAAAGGAUCUGGACGGUGUUGACAUAAUGCUGGGCGUUUGCUCCAGUGGUCUGAUGGUUUACAAAGACAAGCUGAGGAUCAACCGUUUCCCUUGGCCCAAAGUGCUCAAGAUCUCAUACAAACGGAGCAGCUUUUUUAUCAAAAUCAGGCCGUCAGAGCAAGAGCAGUAUGAAAGCACCAUUGGUUUCAAGCUGCCCAACUACAAAGCCUCAAAGAAGCUGUGGAAAGUUUGUGUUGAACAUCAUACCUUCUUCAGGGUUUCAACAGUGGAGCCGCCUUCUUCACGUCGCUUCCUCGUCCUGGGCUCUAAGUUCCGGUACAGCGGUCGUACUCAGGCCCAGACCCGCCACGCGAGCUCCAUGAUCGACCGCCCGGCACCUCGCUUCACACGAUCUGCAAGCAAGAGGCUGUCUCGCAACCUAGAUGGAGAACCUGGAGAUGAAACUCUCCAGUUUCUGGAGGUAGUCUCGGCAUCAGCCAGGACUCAGGUUGAUGAUUGGUCACUGCUGAUGGUAUCUGACAGACCCCAGCCUUCUUCCGAAUUCACAGCCGGAAGGGAGUUUGAGCAGAAUUUCACUCAGUCCUGGGAGGAGGAGGAGGGGCGUACUGUUGGCACGGAGACUGGGACUGCUGGUCCUCAAACCAUUAUCCAGACAGUCAGUCAGCCGUGGCAGGAUCUGGCGAGCGAUGACGAUCACCAGCAGAGGAGAACGGAAGAUGAAUGGUCUAUUCUUCUGGAUCAUCAGCCUCAUAUUCCAUUUAUCUCACCCUUUGAUUUUGUUGAAGAGCCAGCUGAAACUAGCUUGGCAAAAACAAGCUCUAUGGACCACCAACUGGAACCAGUGGUGAUAAAGCAGGAUGACUGGUUCCUGUGCUUUGACCGCCUGCUCAGUGUGUCUCCCUCUGAGCGUUUUGAAAAACCUCAAAUCUCUACCAUGGAGGAGGAGCAGGUCAUGAGUGUGAAAGAACAGCAAAUGAUCACUGAGGAGAUGAUUGGGAGGAUGCAGGAAACAGUGAUGUUGGUGGAUGCAUUUACAGAGAAGGAAAUUUUGGAAGGAAGAUUGAGGGACGUGAGGGAUCUUGAGGAAAGGCUACAAGAAAUUGAUGAAAUUGCAGGGAGAAUUCAAUAUGCAGUAGAGGAAGAACUGGGGGAGGAAGAGGUAGAAAAGCUAAGACAAGAAGAGAGAGACAUGGAGCAGGAACAGUUGAUCCAAGCCAAAGGUGUAACAGAAAUGGUGGUGAGGAAAUCUGUGAGGAGAAGAGUUAUAAAAGAGGGUGAAGAAGGUGAAGUGGACGAAUUGGAAGAGCAAAUAAAAGAGGUGUUUUUAAAAGACUUGUUGCCUGAGGAGGAAGACGUUGUGGUGAAGCAGGAGAGUGAAAAACAACUGGGGAAGGAAGUGGUAGAAACGUUAAGGGAAGGAGAGAGGAAUCUGGAGCAGGAACAGUCCAUCCAAUCCAGGGGUAUAACGGACAUGGUGGUGAGGAAAUCUGUGCGGAGAAUAGAUACAAGUGAGGGUGAAGUGGAUGACUUGACAGAACAAAUAAAACGGGUGAAGUGGGAGGGUGAAGAAGAUACAGACGAUAGCUUUAGAGAGAAACUGCGUGAAAUAGAACAUGAGUGGCAAGAUGCAGACGUCGCCGGCUCUGCUGCUGUAGCAGGAUACAAGAAGGUUCAGCGUAGGACUGAGAAGAUAGUGACUAUUGUACAAGAGAGGGGGCAGCAGCAGGAAGACAUGGAAGAUGUGCAGGGACAGUCUGGUGUUGCAUCAGAGGAGAUGUUAGAAAGACAGGAACUGUGGCGUAAAACAGAAGUGGUGGAGGAGAGGCCACAGAGGGAGGUUACAGAGAGGUCAGAAGGUCUGUCUCAGGCGAGAGUUGAUGAUGCUUGGUUCAUACUUUUAGAUCAGCCUCCACACAAAGCUGGUUUCAAAACACCAGUUGCCGAUGUGGAACGUGUUCAAGUGGACAGGGGUGGUUAUUUCAACCCUGAGAAAGAAAAACCACAGAUCAGCGUUGAACGGGUUGAUGACUGGUUUGUUUUGCUGGAUUUUAUUCCCCGACAAAAGCUUUUUGGGCCAUCAGUUACUCACAUGGAAGAGAGGAAAGAAAUGGCAAUCGAAGACGGAUCAAGAUAUAUAGGAGAAAAACUACAAUACCAAGUGACAGACAAAGCUGAUGAUUGGUUUGUGUUACUGGAUGUUUCUUCAAGACAAACGUCACACGCACCGCCAGUCACCUUUUCAGAGCGAAUUGCUGCUCCCCCAGAGGAACGUGCCUCAAUGAUUGAAGUAACAGCUCUUGAGCAGAGAGAAAGAAGAGUUGACAUUUUAGUUGAAGGUGCUGACGCAAAACAAACGCUGCCAGAAAGGGAGGGAGUAGGAGGGAAAGAGCGAGAAGAUGGCUGGUUUGUGCUGCUGGAUGUUCCCAUUAGGCAGCCCUCAUUUGUGGCACCAGCUUCCAUGGCUGAGUAUGUUGAGGUUUACGCCAGAGAGAGCGUUUCUGCCUUGACUGAAGCAGAGGCAGUUGACCCCAGGCGGGAGCUUGUAGUUGAGGAUGCUUUUGUGGAGAAAGUGGAAGCAGAGCCUCCCAAGCAAGUUAUUCCAGAUGUGCCUCUAGUUUCUGUGUCGAUGCAGACUAAAAUCUAUCCAGAUGUUUCAACUGAAGUAAAAAGUAUAGAGCAGAGAUUGCUUCAGAUUGACCAGGUUACACCACAGCCUUCCCAGCCAGAGAGAGAGGAUGACUGGUUUGCUCUGUUUGGUACUGCAGGUGAUGAAGUCAUGAUACCAACAGUGACUCCAGCUGAGAUUGUUCCAGAAAUGAAGACUUUUGAGGUUGAGGUGACCGAAAAAUGGAAGAAGACAGUAAUUGGUGCGGACGGCGGGCAAGACAGGACAAGUGUGUCUGAAAUUAGAGCGAGCCAAAUUGCCUCCCUCUCUGAGAGAGAAGAGGAUUGGUUUGUCAUGUUUGAAAAGCCUGCGGUCGUACAACCAGCCAAACCUAUUAUUGAUCUAGCGGCAACCACGGAAGCAAGAGUGAAGAUCGUGGAAGGUGUGAGGCCACCUGUGGAGAUGGUGAAGAUUGAACAAGCAAAAGCAGGAAAUGUGGAUGAUGAUUGGUUUGUGCUGCUGGAUGUAGCAGCAAAAGCACCAGCGGCUGGGGUGGAACGCAUCCAUAUAUAUCCUGAUGUAAGACCUGCUAAAGAGCUUACACUCACAGAGCAGACAGCACAGCAGAGAAUUACAGUAGUGGAGAGAAUACAGCAGCAGCAGCAGGAUGUGGUGCAGCCACGUCCAGCAGUGAGAGAGGUGGAAGAUGAUUGGUUUACUCUUCUGAAUAAGUCCGUUAAGAAAUCAGCCGUUGUCUCGGAGCGCGAGCAGCUCCCAGCACAGGUCACAGUUCCAGCUCCUGCCGCGGCCACGAAAAAGAUUACGAUUUCUGAGACGAAACCGGAGUUUGAGAAACGCGUCCUGGAAGAAAGACUCUCGCAAACACGUGUCAGUGAUAAUUGGUUUGUUCUACUCGAGGGUGACCUCAAAGCGUCAGCUGCGAGCGCCCAGAGGGGCACACGCCCUGUCAGUGCUCCGGUCUUCUCCCAGGCUGCUCUGAUGGAGGCGGGAAUCCCCAUGGCCCCUCUCGACCAGCCCCAGACCUCCACUCCAAUCAAAACCAGCCGCCAGGAGGAACGGAAGCUGCAGGUCACCGUAGAAGCCGUGGAGCCCUCAAAAAUCGAAGCCGGGGCUGACGCCAAGCCAGCAGUGUGGAGGGACCAGAGAGAACUAGACUCAUCACUGAUAUCCACCAUGAAUGGGGACAUCCAGCACGAGUCUGAGACGACGAGCACGGAGGUGGUGCGAAUGCGAAAGAAAAGAGCUAAGAAAAUUGAGGAUGACUCAAUAUAUAUCAGACAUAGCCAAUUAAUGUUGGAGGAUUUCGAUAAGCCUCAGGAGGUGCUGCUCAGGCAUCACGCCAGCAUCAGUGAGCUGAAGAGAAACUUCAUGGAGGCGGUCCCAGAUUCCAGGCCAAGUGAGUGGGACAAGCGCCUGUCCACACACUCUCCCUUUCGCACCCUGGGAAUCAACGGUCAGCCUCUGCCCAGCGCGGAUGGGAGUGUGUGCAUUAGACCCCUAAGCAAUGGUUCAGACACAAAGACUGCACAUGAGGAAACCAGCAGUAGUUUGGGCUUUACAGGCCUACCCAUCAAGAGCGAGCCUGAGAGUGUCGAAGUCCACAGCGCUACUGUUGAGAAAGAGUCACGUGAUCAGGAAGAGGUUGUAGUGUUUGAGACGAACUUGGUGCCAAUCGUAGAGGUGGAAAUGGCACAGCUGCCUCCUUCCUUUGAUCCCUCCUGUAAUGCUUUAGAAGUGAUCGCGGAGGAAGAAGGAUCGUGUCCCGGAGUGUCAGAUGACUCUGGGAGGAUAGCUGGAUCCUCCCCAGCUUCCUAUUUCUGGAGCGAUGGUCCACAGGUCAUACGCUGUUUCCAGCCCCCUCUGGUGCAGACGCAGACUGUCACCAUCACAGCCGUCUCCAGCCCCUUACCCAGUGGCAUCUCCACCACAGAGGUCCCUAUCGUCCCGACUAAGACCUUCACCUAUGAGUCUUCAAAGGUGACCGUUGAUGGGACAGAAGAGGAUAAAGAUUGCUCAACAGUAUCCAGUUCCCAGACCAUUACCUCAGAGACCACCAGUGGUACCUCAGUGACGACUACCACAACUCACAUCUCAAAGGUAGUAAAAAGUGGAUCUUCAGAAACUCGCGUGGAGAAGAGAAUUGUCAUAACCGCAGACUCUGACAUCGACCAAGAUAAGGAGAAGCACGGCGGAGCAUCAGCAUUGUAACUGAACCACACCUCGUUCCUCUGACCGAUCACCUCCGAUAUCCCCAGCACUCAACACACAGUGACCAGCUGUAUUUGCGCACACAUAUCUUAAAAAAUAAAAACAGGAAAAAAAACCCACUCAUAACUCUGCAGCUAAAAUGAUUGAUAACAGCAUAUAUGAAUUCUUAAUAGAGUCUGUUUGUUUUCAGUUUUUGUAUUUUUUUCAGGCUGUUCAUUGUAGGCAAGGCUGCACAGUCCUCAGAUUAUCCUAGUGUUGUAAAAGUUUAGCAAGUACACGUUUAUUGGUUAAAUCCCAGCAUUUGCAGUUGUGUGAUCUCAAGUUACGUUUGCUUUUAAAUACUUUUUUUUCCUAGUGGUUUUUACAUUGUUGAUUUUAUACAAAUUUACUGUUUCCAUUAUAGUUUAGACGCCAUUAUCAGCAUUUCUUCCCACGGUGCUGCUAGGGGAACGUUAAGACCACAUUCAAGGGAACUCUUUAUUUUUUUUCUUGUUGUUUACUUGUCUAUUUAAUUCAGGAGAGACUUUUUUUAUUUUAAUGAAAUGACAUACCUCACAUCUCUAUGUGGACAAAGAUAUUUUCUGCUCAAAUUUGGACAGUUUGUUCACGUCUCAGGUACAAAAAUAAAGAAAUAAAUAAAAAAUAAGUUAAUCUUUUCUUCCCCAACCAGCCAAGAACCAGUAGCCUACAUAUUCUUGUAAAGUUUGAAUUAAAAAAAAAUUGAUCUAUUUUGAAAUAUUUCUCUAUUUUAUAGAAGUAAUGCUUUUUAUAGUAUUUGUACAAAUGUGAGGUUUUUAAGUUAUUCAUAUCUGCUCAUGAAAAUGUAGGUUACCAUUUGUACUGUUUUACUGAAUUUUGAGGUCUCUAUUUAAGACUCGUCUUGCCUGAAUCACCCUGAAUCAUUCUUAUUCGUUUCCUCUCGUAGUCCACCAAGUUCAUGCGACUUUACAGAACUCACAGAUAACAGUGGAGAUUUACUCAGCUCUGUUUUUGUUCAUUUUAAUAGAAGUCCUACCUGCUUUGAACAUAUUUGGUUGAUAUGAAAAGUUUUUACAGGUUUUUGGUCUGUUUAUCUCAGGUUUUGAUAUUCUUUGUAAGACUACAGACCUCCGUAUGAUUGUAUGAGGAAUGUCCAUGUAUUUAUUAUCCACCUCUAUUGUAAAUGUACAUGUAUGUUCAGUCAAGUGAGGUCAAUAAAUAUAAAAGCUUGUUUGUCACAAUAGCCACACAUGUAAGCCAUGAAGGCAGCUGCCCGAUAAAUGUGGCUUUUCCUGUCACGGGAGCACACGUUGUCUUUUUUUUUUUUACGUGUUCUACUAUACAGUAAUUUAUUUGUAAAGUAGGAAAUGUUUCAUGUGAUUUGAUGUAUUGUGAUGUUUCACCACAAGCUGGUUUCCAGGCUUCCACCAUGUUAAAUACUACAUUCAUAAUCAACCAAGUUUGUAAAGCCUUUUUAACCACAUAGUCUGAGUAGGUUGCUCUCACUUGCUGUUUUUCCUGUACUUUUUCAUAGAGAAGAAAACAUAUGAAUCUCUUCUAGGUAGCAUGUUUGGUAGCAUUUUUUUAAACUAAAAAAAAGAAAAAGAAAAGAAGCCAUUGCUAUUAUAGCUAAAACUCAACCACAUCUGCAUUUUUUCCUCCAUCGAUAAAAAAGUAGUUUCACAUUAAGAAAAAAAAUAAUAGUUUUUAGAAAAUUGAAAAUAUUGUUGCUUUGUGACUUAUCCCUGUCUUUUUAUGGAAAAUAAAAUAAAAUAUGCAUUA